AUGCGUCUUAAAUCUUUGCUUUGCUUACUUCUUGUCGCUCAUUCAAGUCUUGUUUGUGCUGCUACACCAAUGGGACGGCUCUUCUCGAAGCCUGUAAAAUUAAGAAAAGCUCCUGAAGGUGCAGAUUAUGAUACACAAAUUGUCCAUCAUGCUCAAGAAACGUUGGUACAUGAACAGAAAGCAACAAGUAAAAGUUGGUUCAGAUCGAAAAGAAAUAAGCAAGCUCAUGCAAAUGCAGCCAAAGAGCAUGAUGAAGCACGCCAAAUAGCACUCGGUGUGAAAGAAGCUAAUCGUCCCCGUGGUUACAUUGGUCCUUAG